UUCGGUCAGUCUGAAUUGGUCUGAAUCCGAUUCUCGUUCGAAAAGGAGUGUAUUGUGCGUUUUCACCUAAAUCGUCGUUUUUCUUCAACCAAAAUGCCGAUCAAAAGUAUUUUCGCUCGACAAAUUUUUGAUUCCCGAGGAAAUCCAACCGUUGAGGUCGAUUUAAUUACUGAAUUGGGACUUUUUAGAGCUGCUGUACCAUCAGGAGCCAGUACAGGCAUUUAUGAAGCUUUGGAACUUCGCGAUGAAGAUCCUGGAAAAUAUCACGGAAGAAGUGUAUUUAAAGCGAUUUCUAAUAUUAACGAUGAAAUCGCCCCUGCUUUAUUAAAAGAAAACUUUUGCGAAACGAAUCAACGCGAUAUCGAUGAAUUUUUAAUUCAACUUGAUGGAACUGAAAAGAAAUCCCGAUUGGGGGCAAAUGCAAUUUUGGCGGUUUCUUUGGCUGUUUUAAAAGCAGGGGCGGGGAAACGAGGUGUUCCUUUGUAUCGUCAUAUUGCGGAUUUAGCGAAAAAUAAGACUUUAAUUCUGCCUGUACCCGCUUUUAAUGUCAUCAAUGGGGGAUCUCAUGCUGGAAAUAAAUUAGCGUUCCAAGAAUUUAUGAUUCUACCAACUGGGGCUUCAUCGUUUGCGGAAGCUAUGCAAAUGGGAAUGGAGGUUUACCAUCAUUUGAAAAACAUCAUUAAAACUAAAUAUGGUUUAGAUGCAACUGCUGUUGGUGAUGAAGGUGGUUUUGCCCCAAAUAUUGCGCAACCUAAAGACGUGUUGAAUCUUUUAAAAGAUGCUAUAGCUAAAGCUGGUUACACGGGAAGAGUUGAAAUUGGUAUGGAUGUCGCGGCAUCCGAAUUUUUCAUGAAAGGAAAAUACAACAUGGAUUUUAAAAAUCCUAAAGCCACCGAUGCAGGCAAAUACUUACCUUCGGCAAAACUAAAAGAUUUAUACAAAGAUUUAUUGAAAACUUUUCCUAUUGUUUCAAUUGAAGAUCCUUUUGACCAAGACGAUUUCGACGCUUGGAACGCUUUCACUGCAGAGACUUCAAUUCAAAUCGUUGGUGAUGAUUUAACAGUAACCAAUAAAGAUAGGAUCAAAAUGGCUAUAGAUCGGGAAGCUUGCAACUGUUUGUUACUAAAAGUGAAUCAAAUUGGUACAUUUUCCGAAUCAUUAGAUGCGUUCCAAGCGGCCAAAGAGGCCGGUUGGGGUACUAUGGUUUCGCAUAGAAGCGGAGAAACCGAAGAUACUAUCAUUGCUGAUUUGGUAGUUGGGUUGUCGACCGGUCAAAUUAAAACAGGGGCUCCGUGCAGAUCGGAAAGAACUUGUAAAUAUAACCAAAUUUUGAGAAUUGAAGAAGAAUUGGGUCCAAUGGCUAAGUAUGCGGGGGCUGCUUUUAGAAGACCACAAUAAAAUGAUUUAAGGGUUUCUUUUUAUGUAAAAUUUAAGUAAUUUUGUAAUAUGAUAUAUUUGAAAA